AUGGAUCAUGUCCGGGCAUUUUCAUCUCCCCAAUUAACUCCAAAUAGCAACGGACAGCCAGAACUUGGUAUGGAAGGCCUUGCUACAAAUGUUAGAUUAUUGUUGAAACUAAUUCAAGAUCAUAAUGGGGCAACCACGAAGGAAAACGAUGAGAGGAAGUUUCAUAGGGUGAAUGGUAUGAUGUUUCUCUUAGAUGAGGUUAGGACAAGGGUUCAAAAAGUUCAAACUUCUACCAAGAAAAGAGCUGAACUUAGGAGGUGUAACACUGACCUUAGGCCAAACAUUCCGAAGGACAAAAAAGCUCCUGACGUGCCUGCAGAUGACAAAGAGAGACUAAAGAAAGAGCUAAACGCAAGCUUGGUGGCGAGACAGAGUCUUCAAGCGAUGUGUUCAAGUUUGGGAAAAGAAAAGCAAAUCAUGGCUUCUGAACUUGCUAGGAAGGCUCAAGAAUUGACAGAACUCGAGGAGCUUAUCGGGGAUCUAAAAGCUCAGAAUGACAUGUUGAUGGGAAAGUUGCAUGCUUGUAGCGCCGAGCAGAAGGAAAAGAAGGGUAAUAGUGGAGUUGAAAUGGAAGGGAACAUAGUCCUUCAAGAGCGUACCAAGGCUCUUUCUGAACAACUCCUAAAAUCCAUUGAUGGUUACAGGUCUUUGAAGAGGAAAGUAAAAGAUAUGCAAGAUGAAAAAGGGGAAAUGCAUGCUACAAUUGAGCAAAUGGGGUUUGAAGUUCAAUCAGGCAUUAACAGGAUUCAUGGCUUCAAGGAACAAAUGGUAAAAGAUACUCUAGAGACAAGUGAUGUCAGAGAGGAACUAUCAGUUUUAGAGAAUAUGCUUGAAUCUCUUAGCAUGAAAAUACCAAAACUUACACAGAUGAAAACUUAA